UACAUUAAUAUCUACAGCACAUUCACAUUUUGCAUGUCAACGGCUCAAGUUCUAGUAAACUGUGAAAUUCAGUGAAUAUUUAACUAAACUUGUUUAUAAUAAAGUUCGCCUUAUGCCCCACUAUUUUAUUGUAUUGUGUGCAUUAAAGAUUAUAUAAAUAUUAAGAUCACAACAACUCUUGGCGACGCACAGUGAAGUAGAUUCAAGCACCAUUUGUAGUAAGCAACGAACUAAACAUGAUUUUCAUAGCUAUAGCUGCAGUCCUACUGAUCACCCUCUACAUUUAUGGAACAAGAAACUUCAAUUAUUGGGAAAAAAGAGGCGUCAAACAUGACAAGCCUUAUUUCCUUAUCGGGAAUAACUACAAGGAAUAUUUCGGGAAAGCCAGUAUGACGCAAGUAGCAGACGAGCUGUACUGGAGGUAUCCCAAUGAAAAAGUCGUCGGAUUCUUCCGCUCCACGCGUCCAGAGUUACUGAUACGAGACCCAGAAAUUGCGAAACGAAUUCUGAUCACAGACUUUGCUCAUUUCUUUGAGAGAGGUUUGAAUCCUCAUAAUACCGUGUUCGAGCCUCUGAUGCAGAACCUGUUCUUUGCCGAGGGAGAUCUGUGGAAGCUGCUCCGACAGAGAAUGACGCCCGCCUUCACUACGGGCAAACUGAAGGCAAUGUUCCCGCUGAUCGUGGAACGAGCGGAGAAGCUGAAGACGCGAGCGCUGGCUGCGGCCGCUGAGGGCAAGUCUCUGGACGCGCGCGACUUGAUGGCGAGGUACACCACCGACUUCAUUGGAGCCUGCGGGUUUGGGCUCGAAGCAGACUCACUCAACGAUGAGAACUCCGCGUUCAGACAGCUCGGUGUAAAAAUUUUCAAAGUAACAACUAUGGAUAUUGUAAAAGGUUUAGCAAAAGAAUUAUUUCCCGAAUUGUUCAAAAAUCUAAAGUUAUGGACUAGAAUAGAAAAUGACAUCAAUGAGCUUGUCGGGGAGAUUUUGAAGAAGAGAGACUACAAGCCCUGCGGCAGGGGAGACUUUAUAGAUCUAAUGCUGGAGUGUAAACAGAGGGGGGUAAUAGUCGGUGAGUCAAUUCAAAAUAAAAAGCCUGAUGGCACUCCUGAAAUUGCAAAACUAGAAAUUGAUGACGCAUUAAUUGCUGCUCAAGUGUUUGUGUUCUUCGCUGCUGGGUUCGAGACCUCGUCAUCGGCGACCAGCUUCACUCUGCACCAGCUGGCGUACCACCAGGACGUGCAGAAGAAGGCGCAGGAGGAGAUCGACCGCGUGCUGGCCAAACACGACGGCAAGCUGUCGUACGACGCGGUUAAAGAGAUGCACUAUUUAGAGAACGUGUUCAAAGAAGGGAUGCGAAUGUUCCCCUCUCUCGGGUUCUUGUACCGCCAGUGUACCAAAGGGUUCACAUUCCCAGAGCUGAACUUUUCAAUAGAUAAGAGUGUGCUCGUGCUGAUCCCACUGCAAUCAAUGCACAAUGAUCCCAAAUACUUCCCCGAGCCUGAAGUCUUCCGCCCAGAGAGGUUCGAUCCCGACGAGUUUGAUUCCAACAACAAAUACGUUUACAUGCCGUUUGGGUCGGGACCGAGAGCUUGCAUAGGUGAACGCUUGGGUGCGAUGCAGUCUUUAGCCGGUCUAGCGGCGAUCCUGUCCUGCUUCACGGUGGAGCCCGCGAAGGAAACACUCAGGCACCCUGUCGUGGAUCCCCAUAGCUCCGUGGUUCAGUGCAUUAGAGCUGGACUACCUCUAAUGUUCCGCGAGAGGAGUAAACAUGUGAAUUAGUAGAAAACAUUAGAAUAAAUAGUUGCAAAAAUACCUAAAUAAAUAAUAUCUGUAAGUA